AUGGCGCCCGCUGAACCGCCCCCCUGGAAGUACUCCGGGAUGCGCUACUACCCAUUGAGUGCCUUUGUGAAGAGGCGCCAUAGCCCGCCGAAGCGGGGGCACAUUGAAGAAGUCGACGAGUUCACGACGUUUGGCGACGGUACAACUGGCUACUCACACCCGCCUCACAUCCAGCCCAGCAAGUUUUUUGGCCACCAAGGCAACGAAUUCGACAUGGCUGAGCCCGAAAGGAGCGAGCAGCAGUUGCUGGAGGGAAUGGAACCGGACUCGUUUCACCGCCUGAUAUCCCAGAAGUUUGUAGCAGACGAAAUAGCCGAGGCGGAUUUUGUGACGGACUCGGACACCAUGGUUCAGCUCUUCAACGUCGCCAUGGACUGCCACCUUAUAGACUUCAAAGCGCCCCGUCCGCUCUUCGUUCUCGCCGAGGUGAUUCAGGGCAAGAUAUUCCUGAAGGAGGUGGUCAGAUUCGGCGCCGAACCCGUGGCUGGCCAAAAAGCUAUGGCUGCUUUCGCAGCUCGCGCCUUUGACCUGUGCCCCAGCCUGAUCCAAACAGGCGCUUGCGUCUGGGACCACAGAAGGGUAUCCAGCUUCUUGUUUGGCGGUUUGAGACGGCGAUUUCCGAAAUCUGGUUCCGACAAACAGCUGAAAAAACUCAGGUUCAAAAUCCUCGUCCAGAACCAUACCACCUACGUCACAGAGAGUUUCUGCUCCCCCUCGAGCUGCGAUAGUGCCACUGGGACCAGUAAUGUGGCUUAUGUCAUACCUGUUAGUAACCAGGAAGAAGAAGACCACGCUGAUAUGGCUACAUGGCUGGGCCUGGAAAACAAAAGGGAGGCAUUGGAAUUCAUGAAAUCCGCGCCCAAGAUGUAUUUCUCAGGCGCCCAUCAAUUUGCCUUCCUGCGUUAUGGCACCGUAUCCCCUGACAACCCUGACAGAGGAUGGUUCAACACGAAUCCCAGGCCCGCAGCCGAUAAGCAUAAUACCCGUUCUAUGCUUACGAGGUGGAAGAACCACUGCGUUGGCCUUGGGACGGUUCCUGUCAUUCUAGACGCCAUCCAGCGCGAAGCUCGGCGGCGCUUCCUCGACCAAUCCAGCCCCGAGUUUGGAAAGACCACAAUGAUGGCAAUUCGGUUCCCCGAAUUCAUUCACGACUAUGACGAGCCUUGUAUCUCAUUUGGAAACGUGUACCCGCUCGACUUCUUGGCCGAAGAGAAGUACGACCGGUCAACCCUGAUUCAAGCGCCUAAGAUUGUCUCGGAGGAGGACGUGGAUAAACAUCGGAUCUAUUUCCCCCGAAAAUUUCCUCUCUACUAUACUGACGAGGAAGGAAAGCUGUGCACCAUGGACCCAGACGCAUCUUGUGAGGGUGAUGAAUUCCCCAUCAGGGAUGGCCCCAUCAAGCCUGACCCCAUCAAGCCUGGCGCAUGGUUUUCAAAACGUCUACCCGCUCAUCCGCCCGAGGGCUUCCAACCAGGCUUUUCCGAGGGCUACGAGACAGGCUUAGCCGAGGGCUACGAGACAGGCAUCAAAGACGAGACAGCCCAAGUAGAAAAGGCAGCCCUUGGAGAGACAACCCCUGACACCGAGACUACCCCCAACACUGAGACUGCCCUCAACACCGAGAGGGCCCCUGAAGACAAGAUGACCCCUAAAGCUUAUACAGCCCUUGAAGACGGGAAAAUCGCCGAAUCCGACUCCGGCGACCAUAAUGUUGUCUCGGCUCAGGACCGGGACAAUAUCUCAAGAGGGAAAAAGAGGAAAUUAUUGAUUGACGAGGACGUGACAUGUCGCAAGCAUUGGCAGAGAGGCAUAUCUCGUGGCAGAGACGGCCCUUAA